GCAGAGCUUGAAUGGAUUUCUCACUUCCUGGAAGGUACUUUGUAGAGUUCUCUCUUUCAUACUCCACCGGAAAACAGAAAAUGGAAAGUCGUGCAACGAACCGGAGAUUUCCCGAUCCGGCAAAUAAACCAGUCGAGUACCAUGUGGUGGACGCGUUCACUGACACAGCGUUCGGGGGGAACCCAGCGGCAGUGUGUUUGUUGGAAGAAGAGAGAGACGAUCAGUGGUUGCAAGCGGUGGCGGCCGAGUUCAACAUCCCCACCACGUGUUACUUGACUCGGCUCACUGGGUCGGACCCUCUUGACCCGCCCAUUCCCAGGUUCCUUCUCAGAUGGUUCACUCCUGUCGCCGAGGUUAAGAUUUGUGGUCAUGCUACAUUGGCUGCUGCACACACGCUCUUUGCAACUAGUUUGAUCAAUUCCAACAUUGUUGAGUUUCUUACAGCCUCUGGAAUUUUAACUGCUAGAAAGGUUCCAGAAAUCAAGACAUCCAGUGGCUCGACUUCAAUUAUUCAGAAUGAUGAAUCACAAGAGAGCUUUUUUAUCGAAUUGGAUUUUCCUACCAUCCCAAUAACUGAUUUUGAUCCUACUGAGUUUUCUUCAAUUUCCAAAGCCCUCAAUGCCGCUUCUGUGAUUGAUAUAAAGAGGACAACUACAGAAGAUGACCUCAUUGUCAUACUCCCAUCAGGAGAAAAUGUUGCAGAACUACAGCCACAGUUUGAUGCGGUACUUAAAUGCCCUGGAAGGGGGAUAAUUGUUUCAGGGGCUGCUCCGCCAGAGUCUGGAUUUGACUAUUACAGUCGAUUCUUCUGCCCAAAAUUUAGGGUCAAUGAGGAUCAUGUUUGUGGGAGUGCUAAUUGUGCCUUAGCACCAUAUUGGAGCAAAAAGCUGGGGAAGUGUGAUUUUGUUGCAUAUUGGGCAUCAGGUAGGGGUGGCAUAGUGAACAUUCACUUGGAUGAACAAAACCAGAGAGUCCUCCUGCAAGGAAAAGCUGUUUCUGUCAUGGAAGGGUCUCUUUUAGCCAAGUGAAAUAAGUGGCUGUUCUUGGGUAGAAGAUUUACAUGUGCGAAAACUAGCGUUGUAUCAGAAUAUGAUAAAGAAAUUAAAAUCUGCAAAUGAAAGCAAUCAACUGCAUAAUGUGUUUAUUUCUAUUAACAAUUAUUGGUGUAAAUCUUAUGAAAAUCAAAU